UCGAUGACUCCCUCGCUGCUAAGAAAAUGGAGCUCUCUCUCUGCACUGAGAGUCGGAGCUCGGAACUUCCGAUCAAACGCUGCGUUGGAGGCUCUCGUCAAAGCUUCGGAAGAAAAAGUCCCCAACGUAGUGCUCUACAACUACCCAUCCUUCUCUGGAGCCUUCGCGGCUCUCUUCGCCCACCUCUUCCACUCUCGCCUCAAUCUCCCUUGCCUUAUUCUGCCUUUCUCUUCCGUUGAGCCUUUCAGGGUUGAAGAUUUAUACGUUGAAGGGCUUGAGAGGUGCUAUCUGGUUGACUUUCUUGGUCCAAAAGGAUUUGCCAUGAAACUUGCUCGGCGUUCGUCAUGCGAGGUAAUAGGCUUUGAUCACCGAAAAUCAGUACUUGCGCAGAUUCCUUCAGCUGAAGAUCAUCCUGAUAACCUCAAAUUUCAUAUAGAUAUUGAGAAGAGUAGUUCUACUGCUGUAUAUGAAUACUUUUCUAAUAAGCUUGCAGAUAUCAGAUGUCCUGAUAGGGUGGUUGCAAGUUUGUUGGACCCAAAAGACCAAGAUCGUGUUAAAACAGUUCUUAGGUAUAUUGAGGAUGCAGAUCUUCGCCAAUGGAGCUUAGCUGAGAUCAGGGCAUUUAACAUUGGACUUGGUGAAUGGCGCUCAAAGUUGAACUGUAUCACUAAUCCAUACGUGUAUGAACAGUUGCUGGAAUUAAGUUCUGUGGAUUUAAUUGCUAAGGGAAAUUCUUAUAUUUCCUCUCGCCAGAAUGCUGCGAAACAAUUGCUGGAUAAUGUUUUCAAAGUUCGAUUGGGCAGGGGAUUUUAUGGGGAGUGUCUGGGAACUAGAGUGGAUGGAAAUUCUGAGUUGAGCGAUGAAAUUGCCAAGCAACUUAGUAUAAAAAGUGCUGCAGCUGGUCUAAG